UCUUUAAGUUGUCACCGGACUCCUUGUUGUAAUUCUAAUUUUUAUAAAAUUAGAAUGGUGGAUAGUCUGUCAUAGUGGGGGAUUGGGUUUGGUGGGGAGAGGAAGCAGACUGGGUUCAGUCAGUGGGGGUUUGGGUUUGGCUGUGGGGUGCAAGAGAAGCAGACUGGGUUCGGUCACUGGGAGGAUUGGAUUUAGCUGGGGAGGGGAAGGGAAGCAGACCGGAUUUGGUCAGUGACAGUUCGAGUUUGGCCAAGAGGAGAAGGAAGCAGACAGGGUUUGGGUCAGUGGGGGAUUGGGUUUGGCUGGGGAGCAGAAGGGAAGCAGACCUGGUUGAGUCAGUGGGGUAUUGGGUUUGAUAGGGAAGGGAAGCAGACUGGGUUUGGUCAGUGGGGCUUCAGGCUUGGCUGGGGAGUGCAAGGGGAGCAGACCGGGUUUGGUCAUUGGGAGGAUCAGGUUGGCUGGGGAGGGGAAGGGAAGCAGACUGGGUUUGGGUGUGGAGGGGGGAGAGGGGCAAUCUGGGUUUGGCCCGGGGAGGGCAGUGUAGGAUUCAAAGAGCUGCAAGGUGAAAUGGGCGCUCUCCAGUCCCUGGCAUGCAGCAGCGGGCCAAGUGCAAUUGCAACAGGGCAAUGGGAGUGUGUCACCUGCUUUGCCUUCAUGAGUCCAUCCUGCACCCAGGCUGGGGAGUUGAAUGCUGGGCUCUCACUGCGGCAGGGGGAUAUGGGGCAGGCAGGACUGUGAGGCCCUCACGCCAAAGAAGAGGCGGGAGGGUAGAAAGCUGGGGCGCAGGGAGGUGAGUUAAAGCGGCUUAGCCGCCCCUCCACGCAAGAGAGCCCGCAGAGCUGCCAGCCAUGGCGUCCCUCCCUUUCUCUCCUCAGAGCAGAGCCUCUGCCUGGAAAUCCUGCAGCCCGCUCUCCAAGCAUGCCAUGUGCAAGCCGGCUCUGGCCUGCACUGCACUGACAGCACAGCUCAGCCCCAGCGGGGGUCUUACACUUCCUGCCGCAGACUGCUCCACUCUCCUUCUGGCUGCUGUGCAAUCUACGAGACAGAGGAGCUAUUACUGGCCUGUGUAUCAUGAGUAUUGUGAGUGUCCAGAAGAAGAUUCUCAGACCUGGCAGAAUAUUCUCUCUUGUCCGUCCCAAGAGCCUCAAGUUACUAAGGACUUCACUUCUUUUCCCAUCAUCAACCUUCAGCGGAUGCUUCAUGAAGUCCCAACAAGGUUUGGGCAAACGAGAGGUGCUAUUGUUCAUUACACUGUUCUCAAUAAUCACAUCUACCGUCGUUCCUUAGGGAAGUACACAGACUUCAAAAUGUUCUCAGAUGAAAUGUUGCUCUCAUUGGCAAGAAAGGUUCGUCUCCCUGAUGUAGAAUUUUAUCUUAAUGUUGGAGAUUGGCCAAUGGAACAUCGAACAGCUAAUGAUACGCCUGGCCCUAUACCUAUAAUUUCAUGGUGUGGCUCUGUGGAUUCAAGAGACCUAGUCCUUCCAACAUAUGAUGUAACCCAUUCAACACUUGAAACCCUACGUGGUGUUACAAAUGACCUCCUUUCUAUUCAAGGAAAUACAGGCCCUUUCUGGCACAACAAAACAGAGCGAGCUUUCUUUAGAGGUCGAGACAGCCGAGAAGAACGUCUUCAAUUGGUGCAGCUAUCUAAGGAGAAUCCAGAGCUACUAGAUGCUGGAAUAACAGGAUAUUUCUUCUUCCGAGACAAGGAGAAAGAGCUAGGAAAGGCUCAGCUCAUGGGAUUCUUUGACUUCUUUAAGUACAAAUAUCAAGUGAAUGUAGAUGGAACAGUAGCAGCAUACAGAUUCCCAUACCUCAUGUUGGGUGACAGUCUAGUACUGAAACAAACCUCUCAAUACUAUGAGCACUUCUACAGUGAAUUAAAACCAUGGAAACAUUAUGUUCCAAUUAAAAGGAGCCUUGAUGACUUGCUAGAAAAAAUAAAAUGGGCUAAGGUAAAUGAUGAAGAAGCUAGGAAGAUUGCUAGAGAAGGACAGUUAGUUGCAAGAGAAUUACUGCAGCCUCACAGGCUUUACUGCUAUUACUACAAAGUGUUCCAGAAAUAUGCCAAGCACCAAGCCAACCAACCUGAAAUAAGAGAUGGAAUGGAACUUGUACCUCAACCUGAUGACAACACCUCCAUCUGCAAUUGCCAUAGGAAAAAGCCUUUAAGGGAAGAUCUAUAACUGUACCAAAUGAAGAAAACUACUCUGAUUUCACUAAUGAUGCAAAAAUAUACAUGGGAUUUAAGCUGUGAAAUCUAGGACAUACUUGUGCACUGGGGAACAUUCUUGGCACAUGGAAAAAAGCAAAACACGGCAUAGACAUUUGUAUCUGCUAUAGAGAACCAAGAAAAUGGAGGGGAAAAUAUAUAAAAUAAACAAACCAGUUCAUUUAGCGCUGAUGUUGCAUGCUUUCUUCAGAACACAAAACUCACAACUUCUGAAUUAGAACAAUAAUGAUUAUCAAGCAUGGAACAUCUGGACUCUGGAUGCUCUGCUUGCAAUCAUUCGUUACAUUUCCUUAGAUGAAACAUCUGGCACUACCAGUCACUUUCCAGGGUUUAGGUCUACACUGGAAUAAAUAGUUUGAGUUUUAUUUGGCAUGGAGAUAAGUCCUAGAAACCAAACAGAACCACAAAUAUAGUUCAGUCUGCUAAACAAA